AUGAAUGAAACCCAUUACUACCAACCCGGUUUCACGCUGGUCGGCGGCGGUUACACUCCUGUCGAAUAUCACACUCGUCAAGAAAAGGAUCUCAUUCACCCCAAUACAGUUUGGAUCAAAGGCUUACCGGAAGGACUUGAUACACCCGGAGUGUGCUCAAACUAUUCACCUUUCCAUUGUACGAAAACAUUUAAGGAACUUAGCACCGUUACGUCAGGAAAGUGCGUAUUCACUUUUCCCAAUGCACCAAUCAAAUGUGCUGGUGCUCCACAGAAAGUACUCUACUAUGGCGAGGAUAUCGUCAAAGAACGAGGCUAUCGCGAUAAGACUAACUUUAUCUAUGCUACCUCAUUACCAAGGCUGUUCGGUGUUGAAGCCUACCUCGGCACUUUACAAAAAAUUGCCAAAGAAAAGAAUAUUGACGUCAGAACAAGACAUAAUCUUAUCGAAGUGGAUACAAAAAAUAAAAUUGCCAAAUUUGAACUUCUUGAUGAGAAUGCGAAACCAAACGGAAAGUUUGAUGAGAUACCUGUGAAAAACUUUACCAACAUUUUUGCGGCCGGCGAUUGUAUGAACACACCGAAUGCGAAGACGGCUGCCGCUGUGUCUAGCCAUCUGAAGACGAUUGACAAAAACCUGACAGCUGCUAUGGAAGGAAAAGAAUUGCCCGCAAAGUACGAUGGCUACGCGUCCUGUCCAAUAAUAGUGGGUAAACGCCGUGGAAUGCUGGCUGAGUUUAACUCCAAAGGACCUAUGGAAACAUUACCGAUAAAUCAAGCAAAACCAGGAUUUUACGCUUUCCUCAUGAAACGAUACCUCAUGGCAUUUCUCUACUGGAACUUCUUAGUGAAGGGAUGGUGGAAUGGCCCGUCCACAAUCCGAAAAAUCCUACACUUAGGCUUUGUGCCUAAGCAAAAGUGAUCUAAUUUAUGUUGAAUAUAUUAUUACAACUAAGAAGGCUUUGUGCCGAAACAGAUGUGAUCUUAUUUAUGUUGAAUAUACUAUUACAAAUAAAAAUUUAUGAACCG